AGAAUAUUCACUCUUCUACUACAAAGAAAGAAGUUCACUUCGUGCCACUGGUGUGAUAAGUCUGCCUGGUUAUCGUGUUUCUCCCGCUGCACAUUCUGAAACAAAACGACAGUUUGCUUUUAAGAUCUGCCAUCCUAAUGUUGAGAAAGAAUUCCUGUUUGCAUCAGAAAGAUCAGAGGACAUGUCAAAAUGGAUGAAUGCCCUGGAUUAGCAUCCAUUGCAUAUCAUGAUGUCAAAGAUAACACUCGUAUGGAAAAGAAAACAGAAAAUAGAAGGAAAUUUACUGCAGUACCGGAAUCUCCAAUAUCACCAACAUCACCUGCAUCAGCUGCUCUUUACUAUAGUGAGAGUGAAGAUGACACAGAAGAUGACCACCAAUCACCAAUCUCUAGUAAAUCACCAUCUGCACAGACAACACCAUCCCAGUCGCCAGUAGCUGACCGACUUCCUCGUAUAGCACCAUCUACAAAUUCAACACCAUCACAGUCACCAGUUUUGGAUCGUAUUCCCCAUAUAGUGCCAUCUACAAAUUUAACACCGUCACAUUCACCAGUGUUAGAUAGAGUUUCUCGGAUAUCACCAUCUACAAAUUCACCGUCGCAGUCACCAGUAUUUGAACGAUCUUCUCAUAUAUCCCCCUCAAUGAACAUAACACCAUUACAGUCUUCAGCAAGACAGAGCACCUCUUCAAACUCACCAUGGACAGGAAGGUCCAGUGCAACAUCAUUGGCCACUAGUAGUACUUCAGCUAAAGAAGAUCAAAAGAAAUCAGAUUCAGAAGCUGAAGACAUUAUAGAUUUUUUUGAAACAAUCAACAAUAUUGAAAUACAAGGAAUCACAUCAAGUAGAAGACAAACAAUGUCAGGAAGAGAAAGAUUAAAAUCAUACUCUCGAAGACAUCAGAACCCACACAAAAAUGAGAAGCUUCUCAAGAAAGAUGCAUUAGAAAGAACUCUUAAGGCAAAAGAAUGUGAAUUAGAAGAAAUUGAGAAGUUAUUGCAUGGUAGUGCUACGAAGGAAUCUCUGAAGCAUUGGAAAGACAGUCACCCAGAGUACUGUGGAAAACACAAAGAUGUCAAAAAGAAACAAAAAGACCUGAAAUCAAAGAACUCAUCUAAAAAAACACCAAGUCCAGAAAAGAAAAGAAAGAGCAGGGCAAAAGAUGGAAAAAAAUCUACUAAAGAAGACGAAUCUGAGAAAGGAUCGGAUAUAGAUUAUCAUGAAACACACCUCUGA